CUAACUGCACAAUACCAAAGAUCCAAAAAUAAUAGUCCUAUGCAUUUCUCGCUCUUGAAUCAAUAAAAUUAGUUAUGCGUUCCCGCGUUACGCAAACGAGUUUGUGAUUUUAGAAAGAGUUUUCUUAAUGUUUGCUUUUUGGCUGAUUGUUAUCGUAUGUAAUGUUGAUGCAGAUCGAUUGUUAGGUGCGAUCAUUGACGAUGGCAAUUUUAUUCUUGAAGCGGCAUUCAAUUUAGGAGUUUCCGAUGCAUCUAAGGGUGAAGAAAACCCAUUUGUACCAAAGGUUAUAAAGACUUCACCAGGUGAUCUUCUAGAAGCAGAGGAUGCAAUAUGCACUCUAUUAGAUAACAAUGUACUAGGAAUAUUUGGACCUUCAAGUCAAGCAACGUUGCACCAUGUACAGGUCAUUGCCGAUUACCUCGAAAUACCACAGAUUAUAACUGAACCUGUGACAGCACAAAAUCGAAAUUGGUCUGCAGUCAACUUAUAUCCCCAUCAUAUAGCAUAUUCACAGAUUUUUGCAAGCAUUAUUCAAGUUAAAGAUUGGAAAGAUUUCACCAUUAUAUACGACGGGGCAGAAUUUUUACCCUUUGUUGACAGUAUUCUUAAUAUUGAAGAAUUAGAUGCGCAAGAGCAUAUUGUUAUAAAGCUUGUACAACUUGCAGCUGGAGAUGACUUCCGGUAUCAAUUGAAAUCAAUAAAGGCAUCUGGUUCAAUAAAUUAUGUCGUAUUAUGCAGUACAGAGAAUUUACCAUUGUUCUUAGAGCAAGCCCAACAAGUGGGUAUAAUGUCGGAUGAACAUAGUUACAUCAUCAUGAAUCCAGAUUUUCAAACUCUUGACAUUGAUCCGUAUAAGCAUGGAGGUUCUAAUAUAACUGGUAUAAGAUUCUUCGAUCCCGAAAUGGAAGACAUCAAAAAUUUUAUAGCUGAAUUAAAUAAUAAUGUGAAAGAGUUGACACAGGGAAGUAUAGACACUGCAAUCAAAGGAAACAGUUUAAAUCUCAAUUUGGCUUUAUUAUAUGACGCAGUUAUGUUAUACACGUCUGCUAUUAAAGCAAUGAGUCUAGAAGAGGGUGGAAACAUUACCUGCGAUGCCGGUGAAGCCUGGAAUUUUGGCUCGAGUAUAAUAAAUUUUAUAAGAACUGUUGAAUUAGAUGGUUUAAGUGGAGUGAUUAAAUUUGACGAAGAUGGCCUUCGUUCCGACUUUGAAGUAGACAUCCUUGAAGUAACGAGCCAUGGCUUUGAAAAGAUAGGAACGUGGUCAUUAGAAGAUGGAUAUACUGAAAUGAGAAAGUUUAUACCAGCUGUUGAGGAAAAGGGAACGGAUUCCAUGAAAGGAAAGCAUUUCCUGGUACUCACUGCCCUGAGCGCACCAUAUGGCAUGCUUAAGGAAUCCUCAGUGAAACUAGAAGGAAAUGACCGAUAUGAGGGCUUUGGCAUAGAAAUUAUUGAAGAGCUAGCUAAAAUGAACGAAUUUAAUUUCACGUUCGAAAUACAAGAAGACGGUGUUUAUGGUUCGCUGAAUAAAAAGACUGGGAAGUGGAGUGGUAUGAUGGCGAGAAUUAUUGAUGGUACAGCUGAUUUCGCAAUCACAGAUUUGACGAUCACAUCACAACGUCAGAGGGCUGUUGAUUUUACAAGUCCUUUUAUGAACUUGGGAAUAACUAUUUUAUAUAAAAAACCAACAAAGGAACCGCCCAAUCUCUUCUCUUUCAUUUCACCAUUUUCAUACGAGGUGUGGGGUUACUUGGCUGGGGCUUAUGUGGGAGUAUCGGUACUGCUUUUCAUUUUGGGCAGAUUCGCACCCGAAGAAUGGCAAAAUCCUUAUCCGUGCAUCGCUGAACCUGAAACUUUGGACAAUCAGUUCACACUGGCCAAUUCCUUCUGGUUUACAUUAGGUAGUGUUUUGACACAAGGAUCUGAAAUAGCUCCAAUUGCUGUGUCAACUCGAAUGGCCGGCAGUAUGUGGUGGUUCUUCACCUUAAUUAUGGUGUCAUCAUAUACGGCCAAUUUGGCUGCCUUUCUCACUGUUGAAUCGAAAUUUUACGCCAUAAAAACUAUUCAAGAUUUGGCCAGUAAUCCAUAUAAUAUAAAAUAUGGUGCGAAAGAAAAUGGAGCUACUUUUACUUUCUUCAAGGAAUCUGAUAAUUUACUGUACCAAAAAAUGUAUAAAUACAUGGAAGAUCACCCAGAGCUGAUGACUCAGACUAAUGAUAUUGGAUUGGAAUGGGUGAAAGAUGAGAGUAAAAAUUAUGCGUUUCUCAUGGAAUCAACGUCUAUUGAGUACAUGGUAGAGAGGAACUGUGAUGUAGCGCAAGUUGGAGGGUUAUUAGACAGCAAGGGAUACGGAAUUGCAAUGAAGAAAAAUUCACCAUAUAGACAGCCGAUGAGCGAAUCAAUAUUACAAAUGCAAGAGCAAGGGACGAUUACCAGAAUGAAAGACAAGUGGUGGAAGGAAAAGCGUGGUGGUGGUGCUUGUUCAGAUGAUGAUGCAAGUAGUGGUGACGCCCAACCUCUGGUAUUGGCGAAUGUGGGUGGAGUAUUUAUCGUAUUAGUGGCCGGCUCAGCCCUUGCAGUAGUUUGUGCUUUCUUUGAGAUGACGGUGGAUGUUUGGAUGAUAUCUCGAAGGGAAAAGGUAUCCUUCAGAGAAGAAUUAAUCGCGGAACUGAAAUUCAUAUUUAGCUUCAGUGGCGACGUAAAACCAGUGAGGCACAGGGAAUCCACUGGUAGUGGUUCUAAAGGCUCCAAAAAGGACGACGAAGAGGAGUCCCAAAAGAAUGACCUUGAUCCAGCACCAACUCCUCGAUCAGAAAGAUCUAGUCAUUCCAGACAUACAUCACAUAGUAGACGACAGAGUAACGCUAAGCAAUUGGCAGCUAUGCGAAAAUAUAGCAAAGAUUAGUCCGAAUUAUAAAAUAGAAAUGAUGAUUUUUAUAUGCCCUCCUUAUUUCUCAUUACGAACAAUGUGUCCAUUAGAUUUUAGAUAUUGUUCCAUCGCCUUAUAACCCAAAAUGAAUUAAUAAAAUAUAUUCAUAUAUUAUUUUUAUUAGUCUAAAAAUAAACAUUGGACUACUUUAGUUUAAACUAUCAAUAAAGGUAUAGUGUUUUUUUCUGUCA